AUGGGAAAUAAAUAUUCUAUUGAUAUUAGUAGGAAAGAUGCACAUGGCACAAAUACAAUUAAGUAUAAGGAUACCAAGGGUAACUUGGUGGAACUCUUUAGGAAGGACCAUUACACUAAAGAUGGCAAGAAAUUCCCUGGAUUCAAGAUCUACACGCACGAAUUACCGUAUCAGAUCUUCUUAGACUACUACAUCGAGGAAGUAAAGUAUGCAGAGACUAAACAAACUGGCCUGGAGCCGGCUGCAAUUAAGAAACCAAAGUACGUUGGGGUCUUUUACUGGGAAGCUGACGAUGAUAACCUCUGUCCCCUACUCCUUGAACUGGGUGACACUUUCCGGAAUCCCACUCUAUACAAAGCCUCUGGCAUACGCAGUAAUAAGUGGGAAAGUCUCUCAUCACGGUCUCAUGAUACUGUAAAAGAGCUCUUCAAGAACGCUGUGAUCAUCAAUCUGCAAGGAAAAGAUGGAAAGUACAGUCCACAUCCCUCCCAAAAUGGCUUCAAGAAUGGGAAGCUUAAUGGAAAGAAUUUCCCGACAAUGAAUGUUAAUAAAGAAGAAGACAAACCCUGUCAGGGUUAUGUCACCAUUACUCAGCAACUGGAGGGGAUACAACAUAUGAACAUUCUCUCAACUUGGACCACUCCUGAGAAUAAGCAGAUACGCUUCACAGAGCCCAUCAUAGAGAAUAAGUACAAGACUGCCAGGAUCUACUACAGUGCCUGCAAUACUGCAUAUGCUAACGGAGAACGUAAUGGAGACACUGACCUAAGGAACCCUCUCAUCUUGGAACUGGUGAAAGAGGGAGGUGCCUCAGAAUUCUACAUUAGAAACAAGGGUGACAGUAAAUGGGUAAUGGAUUCAAAUAUAAAUACGAAUAAUUUAAUUGAGAAACUAGAUGAUCUGAACUGCAAGUACAAUAAUCUCUUUGCAGUGGAUAUCUCCAAGGAGACUGAAAGUUACCCAUGUGGAACAUACUGUAAGAGGCAUAAGAUUACUGUAUCAGAAUAUAGCGCUGGAAAGGUUCAUGGGUACAAGAACAUACGACACGUUCCCAAAGAAAGUUAUGGCUAUACGCUCAGUAGAAUCAAGAAUGGAGGAUCUUCCUUGACACUGGAUGGACAGAAAUUUCCGAUACCAAGAGUCUCUCAAGUGCUCCUCUAUUAUCCAAAUUGUUCUCCAAAUAAACCUAUUCUCCUCUACAUCCAUCAUGGAAACGGGGAUACUGAGUGGUUUAAGAGAGACCCCGUGGAUGAAAACAAAUGGACCAGAGCGACGGAAGCAGAGCUGAAGAAAGUAUCCAUACUAACUGCCAUCAGGAAAAGCGGUCUUAAGAAGGUGCUUUAUGAUAUACUAAAGGAGUUGAAUAUACCCGAAUGUAAAAACAAGGAAGGGACCACAAUCAUAGACAUCCAAGAUUGUCUAAAGGAAGGCCACUCCCACAAUAAUAAUCUCAGUGGAACUGUAGGAGACUCAGAUUACUUUGGAUAUUGUAUCCAUAGUGGACUAAAACCAGAAGAGAGUAUAAUCACCCGCGGUGAUGAUCUUCUUGAAAUAGAAGGCAGCAAUGCAAAGGAUCCUACUAUACUCAGUGAUAAGCAUCCAGAUGCUUAUUCCAUAACUACAUUCUAUCAUAAAAAAUAUGAUGAAAAUUCACAUGUAACAAACAAUCUCCUUCUAAUAAGGAUUGAAGAUGCUAAAAAUAAGUACCACUGGUAUGAGAUAUCCGUAGAUGGUACUUGGAAAAAGUCCAAUGAUUUUACUAAUGGAGGUAUUAAGCUUCCUGUAUCCAUUGAUGAAGGGACAAGAGGGUUGAGAGAAAAAUUAGAGGAACUAAGCCUCAACUUUGUAACACCAGUAGUAUUGGACAUCUACAAAGGACCUAUAAACCACCCCUUCAAGGCAUCCGAAGAAAAGAGUCUAGAAGAUUACUUGAAACGCACUUAUAUACCUACCAAUGGAAGAUCAUUUGUCCUAAGUGAAACUCUCAACAAUGGAAACAAGAUAGGAGGAAAACCAGCUCCCAUACACUAUGUGCAGACUAUUUCUGUUUACUACUGGGGUGGUAAAGACACUGAACCGAUCCUAUUUGGAAUUACCAAGACUAGCGGUGAAGUGAAAUAUUAUGGAAAGAAUGGAAAAGAGGGCACUUCUUGGUUGAAUGGUCCACAACAUACCACUACUGAACUAGAUGCACUUGAUCACCAAAACUGCCAGCUUAAUAACGCUAUUCCAUUCGAAAUUACCGAUCCUGCCAUUAGGCCAAAAAAUACUAAAUCCAACUGUCUAAAUAAUUACAGAAGGAUAUCGUUCCUUCCUAAUUCUAAAAAUCCUCCUGGUAGCAACUACACUGUUAAGGAAUACACAAUUAACAACGGAGCAAAAAUGUCCAGAAUCACCUAUAACAACCGGGAUAUAAAUAUUGGCCUUCCAAAAACUUAUCCAGUUUCCAAGGUUAGAAUGUUUUUUUACCCUGGCAGUGGCAUGCCUCUCAUGCUCCAGUUCAUAAAGAAGGAUGUUGAAUAUAGAGCAAAGUGGUAUUACAGUACUAAUCCUCAUGGUACCGAGUGGCAAGGACAUGAUACCAGUGGAACUACAUUCUAUGAUAGUGAUGACAAACCUACUGAAGCUCUUACCAAACAACUUGACAAGGUGAUUUGUAAAUACCACAACGGUGUUACUGUCGAUCUAUCAUACAAAAUAUAUAAAUCAGAAGAAAGGUACUGCUGUGAUGAGCAUCAAGAGGAUGACCUAAAAAGGAUCUCCGCUAAUGACGUGACAGCUUGCUGUUGGCAUCAGUCUAACCCUAUUACGUAUCACAAGCAUACCAUUACGGAUAAGUUUAAGCUAGCUGCCAUCAUGUUUAAGGAGCAUGGUACUAAAACUAGGCGGAACAUAACUUUGAAGGGAUUGCCAUUUCCAAUUUCCGGGAUAGAUAGCGUCUCUGCAUUCUACUGCGGAAAGAAUCCAGUACUUAUCUAUGUUCAAGGCGGAAACCCUCAGGUUAAUAAGUGGUACCAGAAGAAUGGUAACACAUAUGAUGAGGAGUGGGUAGAACUUUCUGAUGACCUCCAAGGCAUAACACCAGAGUGGUUGAAUAUUCCUUCAACCUGUGAAAACUACAACCAACUUGUGAAUGUAAUGAAAUACUUUGUUGGAUGUAAAGAUUAUGUUGAAUGCAAUAAAGCUCCCCUCACCGGUUACAGGUUUGCUCCUCGCCCCGGACUGGAAGGUGGUAACGGCCCAGUCCUGUCUCUAAACGGUCCCACCCAUCCAGUUGUAGGUGGUCGUAAUCCUCAGCACUUACCUGGUCAAUUUGGUGGUUCUCAAGGUCUUGAACCCUUGUCUGAACUAGAAGGUUCCGCUAUCACUGUUGAUAGUCGAACUAGUACUCUUCCUCCAGAGCUUAUAGGUGGUUAUGCCUCUUCUCAAUACUUAUCUGGUGAGGAAGGUGGACAUUCUGGAUCCGAUAAAGCUACUACAGAAGAUUCUAAAGGCUUACUAGAUAAGCUAAAGAUUUCCCCUGAGACCGUAAAAACGGGCGCCUCAGCCGUUGGCACCGGAGGUGCAGCCUAUGGUGGCUGGGAAUUAGGUAGAGAGAUCCUAUUUAACAUAUCGCGCAUGUUGUAG